CGGCGCCCCCGGCACCAUGUUCUCGGAGGAGCGGAAGGAGGGCAGUCCCCGCUUCGGGAAACUCCACUUCCCCGUCGGCCUCUGGAUCAACUCGCCCAAGAAACACUUCGUCAAGAUGAGCCGCCGCUGGCCCAGUGUGGGCUCCGUCAGGUCCACCUCCUCGGACACCGCCAGCCGGGGCAGCGAGACGGUGGAGCUGCGUCCCCCCGGCAAGGCGAAGGCGGGCCGCCACAAGCGCCUCUCCAACCUGUUCCACCGCAGCACCAACAGUGGGGCGGGCGUGGGGGGCGGGCGCUGGGGCAGCGAGAAGAAGCUGGCGGAUCUCAUCGACCCGGUGCCUGAGGACCUGGUGGAGCUGUCCAGCCAGCCCCAGCUGCCGGGCAUCCUGAAGAUCUUUGGGGGAGCCAUCUCCCGGGGGGCCAACUACAAGAGCGUGCUGGCCACGCCACGCUCCACGGCGCGCCAGCUGGUGCGGGAGGCGCUGGAGCGCUACGGGGUGGCGCCGGAGGAGGAGGAGGGGGGCUACGUGCUGUGCGACGUGGUGGGGCGCUUCGAGGGGCCCGGCGGGGCCUGGCAGGCCGAGCACCUGCGCCCCGUGGGCGACACCGAGCGGCCCCUGGUGCUGCAGGACGUAUGGAAGCCCAAGGCCGGCCUGUCGCGGCGCUUCGAGGUGCGGCGUCGGCGCGAGGUGGAGAGGGUUGGCGAGGCCGAGGAUAACGAGACAGCGGGCAUCAACGCCCAGGCGCGGCGGCUGCAGAAGAGCCGCUCACGGGCGGCCUCGGGGGGGCCGGCCCCCAAGGAGCGGGCCGACAACCUGUCCCUGCGCCGCAGCAUAAGCGACAUGAACCUGAGCGCCCGCAAACGGCGAGAGCGCAAGGCCGUGCUGAGCGUGGCGGGCGCCGAGGUGGGGCCGGCCGGCGAGGAGCAGGAGGGGGAGGUGGCCCCGGCCCAGGAGGCAGAGCCGGCGGACGGGGGCACCAAGUCCGGGGAGGCCGAGGACUCGGCGGACGGGGCCAACCUGGAGCAGCUGUCCCAGUGCCUGAUCCAGCCCCCCACCCAGCACCCCUAUUUCCUGCUGCUGCUCGGCUGCGACAAGCAGGAUUUUGUGAUCUACGUGAUGACCCGGCGCCGGCACGUCUUCGGGCGCCGCCCCCAGCCCGACAAAGGGGGCUACGUGGACACCUUCCUCUGUGCCCCGGACAUCCUGCCCCGCCACUGCUGCGUGCGGGAGGCUGAGCCGGCCCUGGGGCCGGCCCUGGUGCGGCCCUUCCGGGGGGCGGCCGUCACCCUCAACGGGGGGGCCCUGGUGCGCGAGGCCGAGCUGCACCCCGGGGACCUGCUGGGGCUGGGCCAGCACUUUCUCUUCAUGUACAAAGACCCCCGGACCCCCCAGCCCCGGCCGGCCUGGCUGCCCCGGCCCUGGGUCUCGCCCGGGCUGGCGGGCGCCUUCUCGUGCCAGGCCUGCGGGCGCUCCCUCCAGGAGAGGCAGGACGCCUUCCAGGCCUACGUGGAGAGCCGGGAGCCCGAGCUGCGCUACCGGCCCCAGGAGGAGGAGGCGCUGCUGAGGGAGAUCGUCCGGCUCCAGGGGGCCACCGCCUUCAACCUGGCCCCGGCCUUCCUCCUGGGCCUGUGCCUGGAGCACUCCACCCGCGUGCUGGAGCCCAGCCACUUCCCCCGCCUGGUGGCCAGGAUGGCCCAGCUGGUCAAGGAGGCCGUCUGGGAGAAGAUCAAGGAAGUCGGGGACCGGCAGCCGGAGAACCAGCAGGACAAGGGCCAGGUGAGGGCGCUCAGCAUCGAAGAGGUGGCGGCCGACUUGCGCCCCCUGAUGCUCUGGAUGGCCAACGCCAUGGAGCUGCUCAACCUGGUCCAGAAGAAAGUGCUGGACAUGGAGAAAGAACUCGACCUGGAGGGAAGUUCCCAUGAUGCUUUGCUGUCCAGCGACCUGGAGACCUGCGACGAGGCCAUGGCGGUGCUGGACGAGGUCAUCAUGUCCACGUUCCAGCAGUCGGUGUAUUACUUGACCAAG